AGAGCAAGAAGGAUGGGCUCAUGCAGGUGGUCCUCCUCUUGACUUUGAUUUUAGCAGCUUUCAGCUACUCAGUGGAUACAGUGCUUGUUCAGGAACUACCUGAGGUAGCUAAAGAUUAAAAGUGACUGUCCAUGAACAGCAGAGAUGGCAACCCAAGAGCUCUCAUGUUGGGGUCAGGGAUACUAAUUUUUAACAACAAAAACUGGUCUCCAGCAGCUCAGAUAUUAUAUGGAUUUAAUAUUUUAUGGAUUGUAAAUUAUUAAACUGUUUAGGAAAAAUAGGUAGUGCUUUUUUUUUUGGCUAACAGUUGAUAUUUUAUAGUAUUAAUUUCUAUUAAAGUUUAAAUUCAGAGACUGGUGCAAAGCUGAUCUCGGAGGCUGAGUAGCUGGUGUAAAUAGAGUCAAAGUUAGCAAAUUGUACUUGCUCCUGGUACAGUGUUUGCUGUUGUAUUGUUGGACUGAAACCAUUUCGCUUGAGGACAGAGCUUGCAGAUAGUUAAUAAAACCUCCCAUCUGAGAGAUUGAAAGUGCUCGCCUGCCUGAACAAACUGAGACAGCAGCACAUGGACAUAAUGAAGGUUUUUAAUGAUCCAAUUCAUGGACACAUUGAAAUACAUCCUCUUCUUGUUCGCAUCAUUGACACUCCUCAGUUUCAGCGCCUCCGGUACAUUAAGCAGCUGGGUGGCACUUACUUUGUUUUUCCAGGAGCUUCUCACAACCGCUUUGAACACUCUUUAGGGGUAGGCUAUCUAGCAGGAUGUCUGGUUCGUGCGCUGAAGGAAAGACAACCAGAACUGGAUAUAACCCAGCGAGACAUCCUCUGUGUUGAGAUUGCUGGGCUUUGUCAUGAUUUGGGUCAUGGGCCAUUUUCACACAUGUUUGAUGGAAGAUUUAUCCCACUCGUUCGUCCAGAUUUGAAGUGGAAGCAUGAAACCGCUUCCGUUGUAAUGUUUGAACACCUGAUCACUUCCAAUAAAUUAGAAAAAGUCAUGGAAUCUUACGGUCUUGUCCUGGAAGAAGAUAUGAACUUUAUCAGGGAACAAAUAGGAGGGCCUAUAGAUGAAACCACUUGUGAGAAAUCGUGGCCUUAUGUUGGUCGACAAAAGGAGAAAAGUUUCCUUUAUGAGAUAGUAGCCAACAAAAAAAAUGGCAUUGAUGUUGACAAAUGGGAUUAUUUUGCAAGGGAUUGCCAUCACCUAGGAAUCCAGAAUAACUUUGAUUAUAAGCGAUUACUUAAAUUCACUCGGGUCUGUCAAGUGAAAAACCAGAAGCACAUCUGUACCCGUGACAAGGAAGUUGGGAAUUUGUAUGAUAUGUUCCACACACGGAAUUGCCUGCACCGGCGAGCGUACCAGCAUAAGGUUGGCAACAUCAUCGAAAUAAUGAUUACAGAAGCCUUUCAAAAAGCAGACAAGUUUUUUAAAAUAGAAGGCUCUAAAGGAACACCCUACAGAAUUUCUACAGCCAUGGAGGAUAUGGAAGCCUACACUAAGCUAACUGAUAAUAUCUUCUUGGAGAUUCUGCACUCAAGUUGUCCAGAACUGGCUGAGGCACGAGAAAUUUUGCAUAAAAUAGAGCGGCGUGAAUUAUACAAGUUUUUAGGAGAGACUCAGCCUGAAAAAGGAAAGGAAAUUGCAAAGGAUGAAUACGAUGGCCUGUCAGAAGAAAUUGCUAAUUCCAAGCCUGAAAAGAAUCCUCCACCUGUGGAGCCAAAGGCUGAAGAUUUCAUAGUUGAUGUUAUCAACAUGGAUUAUGGCAUGAAAGAACAGAACCCCAUUGAUAAUGUUCUCUUCUACUGCAAAGCUGAUCCUACCAAGGCAGUGAAGAUCAGUAGAGAACAGGUCUCGAAGCUUUUACCUGAGACUUUUGAGGAGCAGGUCAUUCGGGUUUAUUGCAAAAAUCAGGAUCCAGAUACUGUUUCAGCUGCAAAACAGUAUUUUGUUCAGUGGUGUAUAAGGAGGGAUUUCACCAAACCACAGGAUGGUGAUGUGGUUGCCCCUCAUCUAACUCCAAUGAAAAAAAGCUGGAAUAAUACACAAGAAGAUGAAUGGGAUGAAUGCAGAACAGCUUCAGAAUCCAUUUGCAAGCAAAGGCUUCCUUUUGAUAAGUAAUACGUUUUCUUUUGCACUAUUCAGUCUCCUUCUUCAGAAGAUGGGUAGUCCUGAGUAGCAAAUUACUUGAAAGCCAAUUUGAUGGACUGUAAAAAAUGUACAGACCAAUGCAGUAAUGCAUUUACAAUACAGCAUACGUACAGUUUGUUUUAAUGUAGACACUUAAACUAAGUGCAUGUUGAGAAUGGACUUUUCAAAAUGUAACAAAUAGCCUGUUGCAGCAGAAAAACCUCAGUUCUCGUUUUUUUGAAUGUAUUGACACUUUGUAGCAAGAGAAACUUAAAAAAAAAAAAAUUGAAAUUCACCAUAAUUACAAGUGCUGAAGACAUAUUACUGCUUCUCCUGAUACUGAUCCAUUCUUAAGGUAAUUGUAAUAUUGCAUGAACUGGUAGAAAAUCUUCAGCUCAGUUCUUUGCAGUACCUGAGGAAGAAAGAAGUAAGUAUGCUUCUUGAAAUAUAGUGAGAUAAUAGCACUUUGAAACAGCCAUAGAUGGCAUCUUCAAGAACAAUAAAAUAUACUUCCUUUAAUAAAAAUAAUAAAAAAAAAAAGUUGGGGGCAGGGGAAGAGAGUUCUUUUUAAUAACCAAAGAUUACUUUUCUGGAAUUCAAAAAGGUGAUGAUGCAGUCCUCUUGCUGUAAAAGUGACCAUGCAAUUUUAUUGAAGUAACAAUGCAUUUCAGCAAUGGCCUUUUAUUGUUUUUAUAGUGUAUUUUUGAUACAUUAAAUGUUAUAUUUUUACUACUACACUGAACAACGAAAACUACCCAAAACUUCCAUUCUUUAGGCACUUGCGGGAAAGCAGAGCUACCUGAAUGUGAGUCAAAGCAUGUGGACAUGUGCAUAAUUGUUAGCUUGGCUAAUUAGUCCCAGAAGGAUGCUGCACACAGCUCUGCUCCUCCUUGCAACCAAAUGCACCUUGUAUCUGCAUUACACUGUACUAGGUAGACAGGCCCUUCGUGAAUUCCUCCAUUCUUGCAUCCUUUCCCUGUUUUGUGACUUUGUGAUUGCUGUUCCUGUGUGUGUGUGCUUUUUUUUCUUUUCCUUUUCUUUUCUUUUCCUCUCCCAUGUAGAAUUAUAAGGGCUCUUACAGUUUGCCUUAUUGGUGAUACUAAUGUGAGUGUUGCUAAGUGACCGUCCAGUUGAAAGAGUAAAGGAGGAAGACCUUUUCCUCUUACCUUUUACUCAGGUCUCAAAUGUUCUUUUUAAAGGCUGCUUUCAUUAAAUAAAACCCAAAUGCUUGAAAAAGCCCACCAUCAAAACUAAAAAUACCAAGCAAAAUGUUCUGUAAUGCUGAGAAGUUGGACUGAAUUUUAGACUUUUAUAACAUCUCUUAAAAAAAUCAAAAAACAAGUUAGCAUUUGGUUUUGGCAGUCAAGCAUUGUUAACUAGGUUAGUUUCUAAAAAUGACACAGUGGGAAGUCAUUAUAAGAGAGAACUUCAUAAAUCUCUUCGUAUCUUAUUACACUUCCUUUGCCCUUUUAUUGCAGCAACUCAUAGCUAUUAGGCAGAGGUAAAGAGAAUGAGUAUUCAACUACUUAUUCAGAUUUAAUUUGAUGAAAUAACCAGAAAUUGUUUUGCAUUCUGCUGACUUCUUAUGAACUUGUGCAUAAGAUGCUGUGCAGCCUCUGCUGUUCAUAUCUUUAAUGGUGUUUCAUACCUACAGGUGUACCAUGUAACUUCUAUUGCAAGGUAUUGUGACCUCUUUAAAAGCUUAGAAAGAACUUUUUAUUAUGCUUCAACAAAUAUCAUAGAAUGAAGGCAUUUAUCUGCCUUAUCUGCAUGAAAUCAAGUAUUUACUUGUUCAGAACAAUGUAGUUUUCUCAUUGUUGCUUGGGUUUGUUUUGAAGCUGUUCUAAAAGGUGCACUUUAUGUUUGGGAAAAGCUUUUUGUUUAUGUUAACCAUGUAUUUCAGAAAUUUGUACAUAAAUGUAUCUGAUGUUAACUUCUGAGAGCAUUUCUUUUUCCCAAACAUGUUAAUCUGAGCCUCUCUGGACUGAAAAUAAAUGUAUAAACAAUGAUUUUAAUAUUCUUUUAA